AUGGCCGAAGCUGCUCCGCCAACCGGUAUGGGCAAUCGCCAACUUCGAGAGUGGAUCCAGGAGAUCCUCCUCAACCCGAGCCUCAGGAUUCUCCAUGACAAUAUCCUGGGCCUGGGAGUUGGUACUGGGGGGACGGGGGACGGCCUCCGCCAAAAGCCUCGCCACAGAGCUGGCUCUGCCAAGGGCAAGGACAAAGGUCGCUGGGGUACCUCUUUCUACGACACCAGCAGCGAGGAGUUUUCCAGUGGCGGUGCUGCAAAAGGGGCCUCCCUACCGGUACCGCCGACAGCAAAAGGGGGCUUCCAAAGGAAGCGCCGCCUCCCCCCCCCCGCCGAGCUCAAGUCGGCUGCAUUUUUCCAGCAUCGGAAGCCCUACAAGGCCCCACCGAAGGCACGUCCCAGCAGCACGUCCUCGGCUGUGGAGAACCUAAUGGGCUUCAUCGGUAUGGCUGCAAUGGGAACUGCCAGGAUGAGACGACCAUCAAAGCGAACCAGUGUUCUGGAUGUGGAUGCUGGCGGCCAAGACAUGGGUCUCUCAUCAAUAACGGCCCUGCCCCCGACGACCUGCUGGUGCACCCGAGGGCGUCCACAGCCCCUGUUGUGCUCAAUCGCCGGGCACAGCGGAAAGGCAUCCGCCAAAGCCUGGGAGUCAUUUCGGACUGGGGCCUGUUUGGGAGGCCCUUUGUCUGGCUUGGAUGAGGACGAGCAGAUGGAAGAGGAAGGCGUCACCGCCCUCUGCCGCUACAGCCGCACCGCCCCCAGCCUGCCGGAGCCGAAGUCCGUCUACUUCGCCAAGAAAGGCCUUGGAAAAGGUAAGGGUAUGGGCGCACUGCCCGAGGGACCUCUGCCCCCUACUCCAGCCACCCCGAAAAGCUAUGCUUCGGGAACUUCGCUCUUGUGGGCGCACCACCACCGGCGUCUGGUGGCCUUCAGCCUGUGGUCGACCCGCCCCAAGGGCCAGCUCCGAAGAAGACUGGCUCUGCCUUGGACCAUCUUGGUCAUGUGCCGCAGGGCCCUAUGCGGGUUGCAGUCAUGGGGGCGCGUGGGAGUGAUCUUCAUCCGUCGAGUGGCACAAGAUAUCCUGCACUGGGCGCACCGCCGAGGCCACAUGUCCCGGAUCCAUCUUGCAAAUCGGGACAAUCCAUGCUUUAUGGACCUACAGGAGGCACAUCCGGAACCUCAAGGCGAUCUACCGCCCCUCAGCCCUGCGACCGGAGACCAUCGCCCCCUGUUCACCUUUCAGGACUUCCUGAGGAACCCCAGCCUUGGUCAACAUUACGGGGGGAAUGAGGGGCCACCUCGCCCAGGCCGUGCCGCCCUACCCUGCAUUUACCCGGCCCCGCUCCGCCUGCUCCCGCUUGCAGAGACCUAUGCGGAAGCGGACCAAGCCCAGAAUGUUAUGGGCCGGUGGGCUAUGCAGAUCUUGGGCAAUGGGCCGGCAGUUCCGCCAGAUGAGGGCUCCGGGAACGCUGGCAAGAGAGCCACGCACUGGUACUGCAAAAGGUGCUCCUAUGGGGUGCCAAUCACCCGCACGAUUUGCACCAUGUGCAACCGUGACAGGGAGCAAUGCGUGGUAUCUGAUGACGAGGAACCGGAGGAUGAUGUCGUCCUCAACAAAGAGGAGCUCGAGGAAGUUGCCCGGCUCGAACGAGAAUGCGCGGACCUGGAGCAAAGGAUGAGAGGCCUCAACGCCGGCCAGCAGCGGGCACUCCUGGAAAACCUCGCGAACAGCUCGAGUGCCGUGAUGGGAGGGCUUUUGGCCGAUACCAUCAGGCGCACCGCCCAGCUACGAGGGCAGAAGGGUAAAGGGGGGUCCAGCAAUGUCAAGGUGAGGGCAUCCAACGACACUGCUCGCAACGACCCCAAGUACCUGGCCGAUUUGGAGGCAGGUGUAUCCACGGCAGUGGCGUUUCAACGCCAUCGCUCCCGACUUCGUGCCGUACAACACCAGGUGGCCCAGGGCAAUGUGGCGUUACAGCCCCGUGCCACUCCCCUGCAGAGGGUGAGGGCGCUACCGCCCAUGAUGAGCUUGGGCCGCUCCCAUCGCCUUUAUCUCCUCAACAGAUUGGAGAGACUUGAAAGGCGGGGAGUCACCUGGACCCAGGAGGAGCAAUUCCUCGAUUACUUGGAGGCGAGAGUCAAUGCGGAUGCAGAGAGAGCGGAGCCCACAACCGCUUCCAAAUCCGCAGGUGCUCCACCCCCCCAGGUGUACCACCUCAUACUGGCACUACAGCGAGCACCCCGUCGGGAACCUCUUCUGCACCAUCGGGUACAACCGCGGACGGGCGGCCAGAACCUCCCCCACCUCGUUCCGAUCAGCCGGAAGAUCGAGAAGCUGGGCGGCCAGUGCCUCCGGACCAAGGUGACGAUCAGCCGGGAGCCCAACCCUCAGCUCCUUCUACAACGCCUGAGGGAGGUGAUGCUGCAGGUGACACCGCCCCAGCUGGGAACGAUUUACCGGCUGAUGAUUCAGCACAAA